AUGAGUUUUAAAUGUUAUUUUAACAAAAAAAGUGAAAUGUCAGAUUUUUAGAUGGUGGCGUAAGUACUAAGAAGUAUCGAUUAUCCAAUUGAAUUAUAAUAGUGUUAAAAUUCUAUAAUCCCUUAUAAAUAUCCCGUUGUCAAUUUCGUCACAUAGAUAACUAGUUUACUUCUAAUCAUUUUAUUUAAAAGAUAAACUUAAUCCCAUUCGUGACCAUUAAUUUAUCGUCGAUAAGAAAUGUAAAUGCUAUAAUGCGUAUAUUUUAGAUAAGUAAUUUUACCAAUUCUAAAGUUGCUAAGCGCGAAUUGAUGAUAAAAAUGCUUUGAUUGAGUCAUACAAAAAUUUUAAGUCGCUUUCAAAAUAAACACUCGCAUACAUCAUUUUAUGAGGAGUGGUCAAAGCAUAAAGAACACUGAACUGGCUCAUUCCUAUAAAACAAGCAACGCAAAUGUGGCUUUAAUGAUAGACAGGAUGAAAUAGUUACGAUAAGACAAGCUUAGGGAAGUGCUAGCGAAAGUACCAAUGCUCUUAAAAAACCUUUGGAAUUUACGUCAAUAAACCCUAAAUAUAUGAGCUAAUAGUUCAGUAAUCAACAACAACGUAUCACGUCAGUCAUAGAUUUUAUGUAAAUAUCUUGAUAAUUGUUAACAUUUGUUCUUUUGUUCAUUUUCAAAUGGUCAUUGACACCGCGAUAAAAUGAUAAAAUAAGUCAUUUUCUAUUUGAGCUCUACAUUGUUAAAACUCUCUAUCGUGUUAUCAAUUAGGUAUCGGGUAAUUUAUGCAAAAUUGUGAAUUCGUUUUUAAUCUUUAAGACUUUGAUAUAUUUAGUACUAUUUUUAACCGAAUAAAUACAAUCCUAUUAAAUAUCUUUAUAGCAAAUAUCUCAUAUUACUAACCUAACCUAACCACACGAUUAACCCUAAAAUAGAUAUUGAAAGAUAAUAUUAUUUAGUAGAUGAUGAUUUAUAAAGAAGAAACUCUUAUUUUUAGAUUUCCUCAAAGAAGUAGCAUAACCUCAUAUCUAAGGCAUUAACAUCUGUUUUGACUAUAAAUAAUUAAUCAAUUCUUUAAUUCGAUAAACAUUAGGUAAAUAAGUCUGUAGGCCAAUAAAACUUCAGUGUUGAUAAUAAACGACAUUAAAGUCAGACCGAUAACAAGUGUCGGAAUGUCUACUUUUGUACGAGUUACUCGCCAGCGUUCUUCCAUUCAUGCGGGUACUGCUCCUGUGCUAUUUAGGACAUUAAAGUCAAUAAACUGUUAAGUGGAUUAUCUCGGGCACAAAUGACCCGGUAGUGCACUUGAAUAGUGAUAAUGGCUUCUAACUGCACAAAUAGUUAAGUUACCGUCGAUGAAGAAAUGUGAAUAUUGCAUCAAUUUAUCUUACAAUGGCUCGACCUAACAAAGUGCCACCUGAUGGAGGUUAUGGCUGGGUGGUCACUUUUGCGUACGCCCUUAACAAUGUAGUCGUUUUACCCCUCAUAGCAGGGUUCGGUUUGAUAUUUCAAGAAGCAUUUGCAGAGACGGGCAUGUCUGCUACACAGGGGACGCUUAUAAUUAUUUUCAAUCAUGGCAACGGAAUGCUCUUAUCAUUCUUUGGUGGCCCUGUUUUACGACGAUUUGGAUACAGAAAGGUUGCAGUGGCUGGGGCCAUACUCGUGUCCCUCGGUUUGAUGCUGACCGCGGUAUCUACGAGCUUUUGGCUAUUCUUCAUCUCCUAUAGUAUUAUUAACUCCAUGGGGGUUGCAGCUGUUAUGGCAGCGUUUUCUUUAGCUAUAAAUUCAUUCUUUAGAGAAAAAAGGGGGCGCGCGAUUGGGGUUGGGAUGUCUAUAACUGGACUUGGUGCUAUUUAUACGCCAUUAGUUAUGAGUGUACUUAUUUAUGCCUAUGGCUGGAGGUAUGCCGUUCUUAUUUUGGGUGCAAUAUGUCUGCAUUCUCUCCUGGCUGCGUGUCUACUCAGACCAGCAAAAUGGUACUUAAUAUCUCCUAAAUCUGAAGAAGAGGAACCCUUAAAUAAAGAUUCUGGUGUCGAACUGAUAAACGGGAGCGUAACUGCCUCAAAAGAAAUUGGAAUACAUUCUUUACCACAUCUUGAACAACAAAUUGAAAAUGGAGAUGUACCAUCGAAAAGUAUGUCUAUGCACGCUCUGACGAAUGGCAAUAGUUUUCACAAUAGAAAUGCAGUGUCUCAUCCAGACAUUCGGAAGAACACUCCUGAGUCACCUUUGGCGGAGUCAAAGUAUAAGUGGUGGGAAUCUCAAGAAAUCAAUUUAGGAAGCUCGAUCAAUAUAUUUCGAGAAACUGAAAUUGUGAACGAAAAGGACAUUGCGUACGAGUUAAACAAGGAAAAUAAGACACGCUUCAAAAAGUUUGUCGACUUCUUUGAUUUGACAUUACUCAGCGAUCCAGUAUUUGUAAAUAUUUUAACUGGACUAUCGCUUGCAUCCUGCGUAGAGACAAACUUCUCGCUUUUAUUUCCAAUAAUACUCAAAGACAUGCUACAAUUUGAAACAUCCGAAAUUGCACAGAUCAUGGCUAUCAUUGGAUUUGCGGAUACGCUAUUUCGAUUGUUAUCCCCCUUUAUUGGAGAGUGGUGUAAUAAGCCCCCAAGAAUUAUGUAUAUGGUUAGUUUACUAGUCAUAAUCUUUACCAGGACAAUAAUGCUAUUUACAAAUUCUUUCAUUGGAAUGGUGCUAGUAGCUCUGGCAAUCGGCAUCACCAAAGGAGUGAGAACAGUCUACAUGAACAUCAUCAUACCAAGCUAUGUACCGCUGGAACGGUUACCAUUUGCAUCUGGUAUUCAAAUGUUCUUUAACGGAAUUGUCAUCAUAACUAUUGGAUCAUUUCUAGGUCGUAUACGUGAUGCUUCGGGGUCAUAUAGAGCACCGAUCGUUGUUCUCAAUUUUGUUACGUUCUUGACUGUUAUACUCUGGUGCGCAGAAUUUUUAUACUUUAGAAUGAAAAGUAAUAAAACAGGGCAACCAAAUGAAUGAGCAACUUUCGUUCGUAUAAU